AUGGGUGUCACCGCCUUCCUCGCCGUCGCGCUCGACAAGACCAUGCGCCGCAAGAAGGCCACCGAGCACGCGCCCGACGUGGCGCCGCGCCGGCUUCGUGACCUGCAUCCACUGGACGCCCUGACUGUCUUGUUGGCCAAUUUUAAGGCACUGACAGGGCCAUACCUCUUUGGCCAGAGCGACGCCUCAAUCAUGCGGGCGCUGACCUGGAUUGAGCGGCCAUUUCUGAUCUUUGCGUUCUGGGUCGCGGGCGUCCUCCUUCCCUUUGCGCGCCUGGCCAGCCGCGUUGGCGUGCAGUCGCGGGAUGACGCUCUUCCGUCACGAGAGCCAGGCCGCGCGAUUGCAGUGCGUGUGCACGAGGCGCCGCAAAACGGACCGGACGCGCCUGUGGUGCUCUGGUUUCACGGCGGAGGGCUGUUUCUUGGCAGCGCAAGGGGCGAGGACGUGCUUGCGCGCUACUUCGCCGCUCGCCUGAAGGCCACCGUCGUCAGCGUCGACUACCGCCUGACGCCCGAGUACCCUUGGCCGAGCGCACUGGAUGAUUGUGAGGACUCCGCGCGGGCGGCGGCCACGCGCUGGCCGCGCCGACCCAUGCUGGUCGCGGGUAUGUCGGCCGGUGGCUACUACGCGAUCCAGCUGGCGCUCGUGCUCGCGCAUGCUGCGAGCUCCGAUGCAGCCGUCGACGUGCGUGGGCAUGUCGGCCCCUUCACCCACUUUGACUCGGUUGGCGCCUGCUGGGAGCUCGCACUCUUUCCACACCGUGCGAUUCACUUUGGCUGGUCAAAGCUGCUACGUUCUGCGCCGCUUCCUCACAAGUGGGACUGGCGCAUCUCGGCCCUCCUCGCCUCUGACGAUCAACUGCGCCGCAUCGCGCCUGGGAUCGUCACUUAUCACCAUUUCGAUACGCUCUGCGACGAGGGCCGCCUGUAUGCGGAACGGCUCGAGGCCGUCGGCCGUCUCGCCGCCGGCGCCCGGAUGCCGUACCCACAUGGCAGCAGCGUGGGGAUGGGCCACGUCCUCAGCUGGGCGGCCUCCGAGAUGGAGUCCCUCCUCGGAGCCUCUGCGAGCGCUGCGUCGCACAAGACAUGA